AUGUUUGGAGUGAAUAGAGCGUUUAUUACGCUCUUUUUCAUGCUUUUUGCAGUAGUUAACGCGCUUUCUGUGCAUGGGCUAAAGACACUUGUUGUUUACGACAAGAGGGUGACCGAUUUGGACCAAUACACCAACUUUUUCACAUCCUUAAAGGAGCGUACUUACGAGAUAGUUUCAGCGUCUGUGAAUGAAGAUGCUGAGUUAUUGUCCCUUUACUCGGGCGAAGAAAGAUUGUAUGACAAUGUAAUCAUAUUCCCAUUGAAGACUAGACAGAUUUCAAAGGAAAUUUCUGCAUCCAAGUUGGUUCAAUUCUUCUCAGAGGGUGGUGAUAUUCUUGCUGUUACUUCCCCUGAAGGACUAGCGGACCCUGUUAGAGUAUUUUUGAACGAAUUGGGCAUAUAUCCAAGUCCUAAGAACUUUGUUACCAAGAACUUCAAUGUGGAUGGCCCAACCGAGGUUCUCGAAAUCUCUACCUCUGGAGUAUUGAACAAAUGGGUUUACGACACGACAAAUACAACCCCAUCUGAUCUAAUUUACGAAGGUUCAGCAGCUUUACUGGAUAAUAGCGAAUACAUUGUAGAGAUUUUGAGAGCUCCAAGAGAAUCCGUUACCAAGGACGUCAACAACAAAGAAGAAGACUGGACAGUGGGAACUCAGGGCCAUCUAAUAGCUGGAUUCCAGAAUUUGGCUAAUGCACGUGCCACUUGGAUUGGAAGUUCAACCUUUUUGGAUGAUCAACACUUCUCUGCUAACGGCGAGUUCAUCCAAGAACUAACAAAAUGGACAUUUGAAGAAAAGUCUGUCAUCAAGAGCGUUGGGUUUUCACAUAAACACUCAAAUGGUGCUUCUUAUGACCAAGUUGCGUAUAAGAUCAAAGAUGAAAUUGUCUAUGAAAUUGGGUUGAGCGCCUGGAAUGGAGAAAAAUGGAUUCCAUUUGUAACAGACGAUGUUCAACUCGAGCUAAGAUUGGUCGAUCCAUACUACCGUCUAACGCUAAAACCUAAUAGAAAUGAUGAGGUCACACAAUACUACAGUUCUGGAGAUUUCAAGCUACCAGAUCACCACGGUAUGUUUACCUUCCUAGUUGAUUACAAGAGAAGUGGUUUGAGUUUUGUUACUGAAUCAGACACAAGAGCCAUUCGCCAUCUUGCCAAUGACGAAUACCCAAGAAGUUAUGAAAUCACAAAUGCCUGGGUCUAUCUCACCGCGAUAGCAUCUGUCAUUGUUUCAUUUGUAUUGUUCAUUAUUUUCUUCAUUUCUUCAUCUGCAUCUCUGCCAGUCGAUUCGGUAAAGAAGCAACAAUAG